GAGAGAUGGAGAUAGAGAGAGAGAAAGGGAGAGGGAGAGUCCGCAGCAGUAGCAUAGUGAAAGACGGGAGGGUAUAAAGAGCCCGGUCGAGAUGUUCAACAGCGCCUUUCUAUCCCGCCAUCCAUCAUCGAUAGAUCGAGGCCCAUCCCCCUUUCGUAAUCGACUAACACGAUGAAGGCCUCCUCCCUCCUCGCCCUCCUCGGCGCCGUUGUGCCCGCCCUCGCGGCGAACAAGUACAUCAUCCAGCUCAAGCCCGGCACGAGCCCCGACGCCGUCACGCGGCACCACAACACCGUCCGCAGCCUCCUCCGGCGCCGUGACGGGUCCGCCGAGGGCACCCUCGACAAGACAUUCCGCAUCGGCGACGACUUCAACGCCUAUAGCGGCAGCUUCGACGACGCCGCCCUCGAGGCCAUCGCCGCCCUGGACGAGGUCCUCGCCGUCGAGCUCGACCAGCCCAUCUCUGUCGACCCGACCGAGGCCGAGCAGACGCUCUUCUCCCUGUCGUCGGAGUCGGAGUCGUCCGCCGCCUCCUUUGCGCGCCGCCGCGCCCUGACGACGCAGCCGAACAGCAUCUGGAGUCUCGGCGACCUGUCCCACCGCGCGGCCGGGUCGACCGAGUACGUCUACGACUCGACGGCCGGCGAGGGCACGACGGCCUACGUCUUCGACACGGGCAUCCGCCUGUCGCACGCCGAGUUCGAGGGCCGCGCCAGCUUCGGCAUCAACGGCGUCACCGGCUCGACCGUGUCGCCCGGGUCCAACUCGGACACGGACGGCCACGGCACCCACGUCGCAGCCACCAUCGUCGGCAAGACGUACGGCGUCGCCAAGAAGGCAAAGGUCAUUGACGUCAAGGUGUUUGACGGGUCGACGGGCUCCACCUCGGCCAUCCUCACCGGCCUCGACUGGGCCGUCAAGGACAUCGUCUCCAAGGGCGCCCAGAAGAAGUCGGUCCUCAACAUGUCCCUCAGCGCAAACAACGUCGCCGCCCUCGACAACGCCGUGCUCGCCGCCUACCGGCAGGGCAUCCUCACCAUCGUCGCCGCGGGCAACGACAACCAGCCGGCCACCACCACGUCGCCCGCUAGGCUUCCCGAGGCCUUCACCGUCGGCAUGACCCGCCCGGACCGCGGCCGCGUCAACAUCAUCGAGGGCAUCUAUGGCAGCAGCUACGGCCCGGAGCUCGACGUCUUCGCGCCGGGUCAGGACAUCGUUAGCGCCAGCCACACCUCCGACACGGGCACCGCCACCAAGACGGGCACCAGCAUGGCCGCGCCGCUCGUCGCGGGCCUCGUGUGCUACCUCCGGGGGCUGGCCGGUGGUUUCGGCACGCCGAAGCAGGUCACGGACCGGAUCCUCGAGCUCGCCAUCCCCGACGUCGUCGGAGACCCCAAGAACUCGCCAAACCUGCUGGUGAACAACGGAAGCGGGCGGUGAUUGAUGACGAAUGACCCCAGUUCGAGGUGACCUUUUUGUUCAUUUUUUUUUCUCUUUGGCAGGGAUUCAUAAAAACACAUAUUGACGUCAUGAAGAUGUCCAAAAAUGUAUCCGUAAGCAAAUCUGAUAUGAAAAAUCAGCCCAUUUUUGGAGGGUUCUUGCUUGGCAGACGGGGCUGGCUGGCACCCCUUGCGUGUUGCUUGGGCAUACAACAUGUUCACGCCAGAUGUGACCGGCAUAUGAGAUGUGUGUGCUUCGUUGGAUAUGUCAGACCUUGCUCAUGUUACGACGACUCCCCAAGUAGAACCCACAAGAACGGCCAGAGGGUCU